AUCUAUUCUUUUGCAACCGCCUACGUCCAUGCGCCGCACCACGUCAAUGGUAGCUAGUAAGCGGCUAGAUGCGCAUAGGCUGGCUAGAAACAAUAUACAGAAGCCUCUUUCAUUAUCCGUGGGACUGCUUUGAGAGUGCCAACAAUGUAACCCUUCACUAAUUCCAAGUUAGCCAGCUAUGACCUCCCUGUCAUCAUCCCUGCACCCAGGGUCAAACUCAACAUGCAGAGCCCUGCCGGGGAGAGGGAAGUCAGGUUCAGCCUAAGGCCCCCCUCCUGCAGAUUCUUCGGGUAGCAGGAGCUCAGGAGGAGGUGUUCACUCUGAAGGAGGUCAUGCACUACCUUGGCCAAUACAUCAUAGUGAAGGAAUUGUACGAUAAACAGAGACAGCAUAUUGUGCAUUGUCAAGAUGACCCACUUGGAGAGCUGUUGGAGGUGGAGAGUUUUUCUGUUAAAAACCCCAGCCCUGUCUAUGAGAUGCUGAAGAGGAAUUUGUUUAUUUUGAAUUGUUCGGACGCUGCAAAGAAUCUUUCAGUCGGCAAGGAUUCUAAUGAGUCUCCCUGUGAAGAUCCCGGUCAGGUGUCUAGCAGGACAUGUAGCUCUAGCCAGGGCUUUAGUGCUGGCGGUGCCAGUGCCUGCACCACACAGAACUCCUCACAGCGCAGACCGCGGGAUGCGGAUGACGACUCUUUAGAUGGGUUGCCAAGAUCAGCCUGCAAGCGGCCAAAGCUGGAUGUGAGCCUUGACGAGUGGGACCUGUCCGGUCUACCUUGGUGGUUUCUGGGUAACCUGCGCAGUAACUACACACGCAGGAGCAAUGGCUCAACAGACAUCCACACAAAUCAAGUGUCUCCCGGGCAGGAGGAGGACACAGCCAUUGUUUCGGACACCACGGAUGAUCUGUGGUUUCUGAACGAAGCUGAGAGUGAGCAGGUGAGUGUGGAGAUGAAGGAGGCAGCGCUGGAGCAGGGCAGUGACGCAGAGUCCCCUCAGGAGGAAGAAGAGCAAGGGAGGAAUAGCAAGGAAGACAAAGAGUGUUCUCAGAUGCAAGAAGAGUUAGAUGAUGACUCCCAGUGUUUGAGUGAUGAUACAGACACGGAGAUCUCCACACAGGAUGCAUGGCAGUGCACUGAAUGCCGCAAAUUCAACUCUCCCCUGCAGCGCUACUGCAUGCGCUGCUGGGCCCUGCGCAAGGACUGGUACAAAGACUGCCCCCGCCUGGUCCAUUCCAUCUCAGUCCCUGACAUACCUGUCUGCAGCUCCCACCCCCAGGGCCCUGAAGAUGAAGAUGAGGAUGACGGCAUCGACGUGCCUGACUGCCUGAGGACCGUGUCGGACCCCGUCAUCCUCCCCUCACACCAGGUCGCCCGCAACCUCCCCCCUUCCUCCUCCUCAGCCAAGGGGAAGGCCCCCUGCCGGCCGCUGCAGAGCUCCCAGGAGAGCUCGGAAGGGGACAGCCAGGACAUGCUGGAUGGCGAGACCAAGUGUCGACAGGAGGCCAUGUUGGAGCCAUGCAGGCUGUGCCGCAUCCGGCCCCGCAACGGCAACAUCAUCCACGGCCGCACAGCCCACUUGAUCACCUGCUUCCCCUGCGCACGAAAGCUGCACAAAUUCCACGCUCCGUGUCCUGGCUGUGGCCAGAUCAUCCAGAAAGUCAUUAAGACUUUCGUUGCCUGAUGGAGGCAGGGAGCUGAGCAAUGGUUUGCGUAUAAAACACACACACUUGCAAAAGGUGUAUAGAGCUCUUAUACUGUAAAUAUUAAAGAAGGCGUGAAACCUUGGGCCAAAAAUGCAUGACUAAUGCAGCAUAACUGAAUAUCUAAAUUUAUAUUAAGUAUAAUUAAUGGAAUUGUCAGGUUCUGUCUUAUAUGAACUUUGGCUCAAACAGAUUUUUUUGCUCUUAUAUUUGCAAGCACAGCAUGUGUAACAAAGAGAUGCAUGUUUCUGAGCUGCUUCAGUCAGGUGAAGGUGAUGAAAGGGCAUGCAUGUUUUGGUACUAGGCGUGAACUCCCAAUGAAUACACCAUAUAACUAAAUGCCUACCCAAAAAAUAUACUUUUAAAAAUCACCUUUGUUUUUAGAUGGCUUUAACUUUAGCAACCCUACUAUUAAGGGAUUUUUUUUUGUUGUUGUUGGGGGGAGAGUUUCAAAAUGGAACACAGGCAGUUGUAGUUGCAGAGAAGCUUGUCACACAGUUGUAGUAUCCUAACAUUGCUGUCUGAACAAAACUUUUUUUUGACCAACUGUUUACAUUGUCAAAAUUUCAAGACUGAUAAACCAGUAUAAAUGAUCCAUAAUGACUUGUGCCAUUAACUUAGUUGGAAGUUAUGUUUUUUUCCUUCUCCUGUAAAAUUACUUUUCAGGAGAUAUGCGUUUUGUUCCGAAAGUAACAGUAAUUCACUUGGUGGAGGGAGUUUAAACUGGUAGUUGCUAACUAUUUGUUUUAUUUAUUUAUUUAUUAACAUAGUUAACCAGUUCAGGGUGUUAUCUUUGAGUUUGCUGUCUAGAUUGACUAGUUCAGCACAUUGAUUGUGAGACACAACCACAGUCGUGUUUGGUUAUUUUACAGAGAGUACUCAAAUAGUUCUCAUUAGUUAGCGAUUAUUCACUGAGAAUGACUGGUGCCUUCUGGGGUUACAGAAAGUAGCACUUUUUACAGUUCAUCCUUUAAUAUCUGAAUGUCUGUGGUCUUGCAAAAACCAGUGGUAUUAUAAAUGUGUGCUAAAAAAACCUAUUUACCGCAGCCUCUGCUAAAAGGUGCUGAGAUAAGUGGCUUGCAGGUCUCGUGAUGCUUCUGCACUUUCAGAUUGAACAGACUUAAAGCUGUCAGGUGGUUGAUGACUUUGCCUUCUCGUUUCAGUGCUUGGUUCCAGUGCAGUUUCUUUUCGUCAUCACCUUCUUCUUAAGUUUCAGUCCUGGCUUUGCCUGAGCACCACUGAGCCGUGACCGUGAAGCACAGGAUCUAUCAGACCCUAUUUGGGCCAACACUGCCUUUCCUUCGCUCUUGCUUGGUGCCUUCCUUUCUUACCCAGUCUCUCCUUUAGGCUUUACCUGUACAGGAAAGAAAGAGGCCAGUAUUGGGGAGGCUGAAGCUUCAGUGCUAGAGACGACUGCCUAUGCUAACUUUGUAAGGACCUCAAGAUCUUUCAGCGUUAGAGGGACUAAUUGUCUUCAACUCGCCCUUUGUGUACAAUUUUCAUUUUCCUGCUUUUGAAAAUGUUUUGUUUGAAGUUGUAACCAGUGCUGCUGUUGUAUGGGAAAAAAAAACAUGUUUUAGUGCUUCAUUUAGCUAUAAUUAGAGUUUAUGCAAGGUUAAGGCAUUAAAAGAAUACUUUUCUUUUUCU